AUGUUCUCCAUGUUGCGGCGUAUGAAACUCGACCCCUCGACAUAUACGUACCGCACCUACGUCGUCAGCUCGGGAGACAAUUUUAGCGCUGCGAGGGCUGUGGAGUUUGAGACAGAAUGGCUGAAGCAAAGUCCAAAACUAUCAUUUCCUGCCAAUGGCAGCAACUCCACAGAGUCCUACGCAGUCGUCACGGUUCCUCGCGCGCGCCGUGUGCACCAGUCUUACCUGACUGCUCCUCUUUCAACCCUUCAAUGUUUCUAUGCUUGCUUUCUUGUACUCUGCGGCCGUCAUCCCGAGCAAAAGUCGCCGCUUCCGACAACGAACUCGCCAUACCCGGACGUUAUCCUUACCAACGGUCCAGCGACUGCAGUCUGUAUGGUUUUGGCUGCCAAAUCUUUGCGACUGUUUCACUAUCUGAAGUCACUUUUUUAUAUCAAGGACCACCAAGACAGGGAUAGCUCGAGAUCAUCUCAAGUGAAGAGAUCAGAGGAUGCCCCGGCACCAGUUCACUUCCAGCUGCGUACCAUUUACGUAGAGUCAUGGGCACGGGUCACAACAUUUAGUCUAAGCGGGAAACUGUUGUUACCUUUUGCUGAUCGAUUUCUCGUGCAAUGGCCUGAUCUGGCAGGAAAACAGGCUUGGAGGGGCAUGAGGGAGACCGAAUAUGCCGGUACGCUGGUAGACUAA